GGAGGAGGAGGAGGACGGGCUCCAACCACCCAGCGCUAGCGGCUCCGUGUCCCGCUUGGGGGCUGGUCAGGAAGGACAGACACCAUCGUCAUCAGCCGAGGCAAAUGAAGGACCAGAGUUCGGGGUGUCAAGUCAGGGAGGGGGGAUUUAGUCUCUGGAGCAAAUGAAGAGACGAUUCCUCUUUGCAAGCGGCUGUUUCGGGGAGGAUUUUCCAGCAUGCAGCAGCAAGGCGGGGAAAGGAAGGAGGAAGAGGCGGAGGCGCCAGCAGCCGGGAAGAGCCCGGGCACCGCGGCCGGGGGCUGCGCAUGGGGAGUCGUGUUCCACUUCUUCCUGGUCAACGUCCUCGUCAUGGGGAUGCUCAAGACGUUCGGGAUUUUCUUCGUGGCUUUCCAAGAGGAGGUGGGAGGCUCCUCCGAGCAGCUCAGCUGGGUCGGCUCCAUCAUGUCCUCCCUGCGCUUCCUCGGAGCCCCGCUCGUGGCCGUGGUCUGCAGGAGGCUGGGCGAGCGCCCCACGUCCAUCAUCGGGGCCGGCCUGGUCAGCGGGGGCUGCCUGCUGAGCACCCAGGCCACCAGCGUCCCCUUCCUCUGCGUCUCCAUGGGGCUUCUGCUGGGUCUGGGGUUCGCCUGCCUCUACCAGGCGGCCGCGGUGAUGACGGCCAAGCGCUGCAGGACGCGGUUGGGCUUCUCCAACGCCGUGGCCCGCGCCGGGAUGGGGCUGACGUUCCUCAUCGCGCCCUUCACUCAGUUCCUCAUCGAUUUUUAUGGUUGGCAGGGCACCCUCCUGAUUUUUGGCGGCAUCAUGUUGAACCUGGUGCCGUCCAGCCUGCUGCUGCGACCCACCAGCACCCACCGGCCCCCCGCGAAGAACCCAAACCGGGGGUGUUUAGCGCCAAAACCAGCUCCGGAAGCCCUGGAUGGAUGCUCGGAUGGAACCGCCCGUGGGGAAGCACAGCAGGAGCGUCCCGGCGCGGGGGGACUCGUCACGUCCCACCGCAGAGACGUGUGCGCUGCGGGAAGCCCAUCGCUCCCGCCGGCCGAGGAGGAGAAACCCCAGCCCCUGCUGGACCUCUCCCCGCUGCGCGAUCCCCUCUUCGCCAUCUUCACCUGGUCCUUCGUGUUCAGCCACUUGGCCUAUUUCGUGCCCACCUUCCACCUGGCGGCACGAGCCCGGACGCUGGGCAUCGGCAGCAUGGACGCGUCCUACCUCAUCGCGGCGGCGGGCAUCACGGAGACGCUGAGCCAGCUGCUCUCGGGCUGGAUUGCCGACCAGAACUGGACCAAGAAAUACCAUUACCACGUGGUUUACCUGCUCCUGGCCGGCGUCGCCAACCUGCUGGGUGCCCUGGCCACCUCCUUCCCGCUGCUGCUGGCCUACGUGGUGGCCUUCGCCGGCUGCUGCGGCGGCUUCAUGGCGCUGGUGCUCCCCGUGCUGGUGGAUCUCGUGGGGGUGGAAAAGCUCCAUAGCUACUUGGGGUUUGCUGCUUUCUUUGCCGGGAUCGCGGCCGCGGGGGGACCCCCACUCGCAGGUAACGUAUACAUGGGAUAUACGUAACGUAUAUAGGGGAUAUCCAUAAGGUAUACAUGGGAUAUACACCCACCGCGGACCCCCAGGGAUGGAACAGCUGGUGCUCACCCUCCUGCCCAAGUGGGAAAACAAACAAACAAAAUCAAACACAUAUCAGAAACUCAUCUUUGCACGCGGGGAAUAUUUUGCUUGCGAAUUUGCAAAACCCAACCAUUAAUUUGACGGCUGCGUGUGGAAAAAGGAGGCGAAACCCCGCGUGGACAUUCAAAGCCUGAGCAUGGCUGGGUUUUUUUACCGUGGAUUUCCCCCCGUGGUUUAUAGCCAUGAAGUCGAAGGGGAGGAGAUAACGCACGGACGGGCCCCGCGCUGGGACAUGAGGGGUCUCACUAGUCUUUGCUUUGGAAGAUGACACAGCUCAGCCACAAGAACUGGGCCUAAAGAUGAGGAGGAUGAAAAGCCUUUCGCUCUUCUCCCUCUGCCCCAAAACCAAGGUGGUUUGGGCUAUUUGGCACAUUUCAGCGCUUAAAAGUGAAUCUCUAGUCUCAGCUCACAAGCAAGGGACUUGUUCUCUCCAGCGCCCUGGCCAGUACAGCUUUUCCUAUCCCUGACGCCCCCUUAGGCAAACCUGACAGCUGGAACCAGCACCUGAGCUCUCCCCAUGGUGCAAACAAACUCCAACAAGCUCCAAAGUCAAAUAUCAGCGUGAACAACACCCCGUCCCUCACCCAGCAAACAUGUCCUGAACAUGGAAUAAACCCGGCAGCUGCUUCUUCAUUUAUCGCCUCCCGCCCUGGGCAGGGUCUGUAAAUCCCAACUCCUGCAACGCUUCGGCAACGCCGCAUGUUACAAAAUAUUGAUUUCUCUAAUCAGUUAUUUCUAGGUUGGCAAAACUCUGUAUGCGGAUGCAAUUUUGAGCGUGCUUUACCUGUCACGGUGAUACACAACCUACAGCACGCACCGUCCCCUCUGCUGCCACAAGAUAUACGUCCAGCAAUCCCAACCUGACCAUCGCAGUAAAUUCCCCAGCGCAGUUAUGUACAGUAUGAAAAACACUAAAUAAUUCGGCUCGCUCUUAUCCAUGCAUCAUACGUGCUAAGGUAGCAGUUACACUUUCAGCCGCUUCCAAUAUCUUUUUGCUAAUGGGAAACCUUUUGGUUUCUGAAAGCGCUAAUAAGUCACCGCGCCAACUCUUGGGGAUUUUGUAAAGCAAGCAGGUUUCCCGCAAAAAGCCUCCCACGGAAAUCAGUCUUUUUAAUGCUGGUGGGGCGAAUAAAGGCCAAAUCGAGCCAAGCAGCAAAACCCGCGCUGAUCCGUCUCGCUGGAGCUGAAGUGAGAGGAACAGAUUCAGAGUGCAGGGUCUCAAUUAGUGAUCUGCAGUUUUCUCUUCCAAGACGGCUGUGUUAGGCAUAGACACUGAAUAUGUGCAAGAGUUACUGAUUAAGCGUCCAAAAGCAUCUGCUCCUUGCAGAGCAUAGAACAGGAUUUAAAUGCCGUGUGAGACCCCGGGGUUUGGUGCCUCCGACUCCCCAAAACCUGGACUUUAGAUCUACAAGUUUGAAAAACUCAAGUAUUUUUAAUGCAGUGAAACACAAGGCAUAAUGAGAAGGGGUUAAAAAUGCUUCUCUGGCACGCUAGAACAAAGCCUCAUUGUAAUGCAACAGAAAAGGUGAUUUACCUGCAAAUGUGUUUAAUUAAAAGCCCUUAAUUGCGGAGGCAGUGAGUCCGAGGGAAAGCCCAGGGCGAGCAGUUUGGAGGCUCCUUCGUGGCUCCUCGUCCGCCAGCACCGCUGGAGAAACAAAACCAAAGAGCCCAACCAACCAACCAACCAAAAA